UGCUGUUAAGUUGCAAGUUAGAAAAAAAAAGUUGAAUGAGAGAGAAAAUUUAUUGUAGUGUAGGGUAAGAAAUUAAAAGUUGGCAUGCUUCUUUUCAGGAUGUAAAAAGGUUGAAGAAGUUACAUCAGAGUCCCAUUGGCAUGUUUCUUCAUCUGUUUCACUUAAGGAGGAGUCUAUUGGCCAAAGGCCCACCUUUAUCCAGCCUAUUUCAAGCUGCAGGGUAUGCAGCGGGGAAUCAGUCAGAUUUCAAGCUAGAGUCUCUGGCAUGCCCAAACCAAAAAUCCAGUGGUUUCAUAAUCAACAACUCAUGUUGCCAACAAAAGACUUAGUUUUCCACUUUGAUGAGUCUACAGGCACAGCUAUACUGAUAAUAGUAGAUGCUUUCUUAGAGCAUGCUGGCCAAUACUCUUGCAAGGCAAGAAAUAGUGCUGGAGAAACAACUUGUACAGCUACACUUACAGUGACUGCAGAAGCAAAAGAAGCACAAGCCAAAGCAAUAACAAAAAUUACCCUUGAAUCAGAUACUAAAAGCUUUAAAGCAGCCAAAGAUUGUCAGUUUAAAGCACCUGAAGUUAAGCAAGAAUCUUCCAAGAAAACAUCAAGCUUGUUUAUAUCUACAUCCCAAAGACCGCAUGAAACCGAGAAGCAAAGAAACAAAGUCUACUAUCCUGAUGUUGUGCCAUGUGAAGACAUUACAGAAACUGAUGCUGAAGCACCAGAGUUUCUUGAAACUCUGCCCUCAGAAACCACUGUAAAAGAAGGAGAUGAUGUGUUACUCUUUUGUAUAAUGAAGGGUGUGCCCACACCUUGCGUGGUCUGGCUGUGCAAUCAGCUAAUAGUUGAGGAGUCUGCAUUGUGUUCCUUAAAACAUGAUGGGCCACUGUGCAGUUUAAGAUUGUUGAAAGUUGGUCAGAACCACAAGGGUAUAUACAAGUGCAGAAUAGUUAAUCCCGCAGGACAAGCCGAGUGCAGCACCCAUCUGAGAGUGACAGGUUGGCAACUGCAUGUUCCUUCCAAGUAUCAAUUCCUCAUGCAUAGAAUCAUUGCAUUCUAGUACAUUCAUUCUCUGGGAGAUGAUAAAGAAUGAGAAGCAUCUCAUUAGUCUGUGGAUUGUUGAAUGUUUUCUUCAGGGAUUUAAGGCAUGAUAAAGGCAUGUUACCUUAGAAACU